AUGGAAAUGAGUGAAGUGGAUCCAGAAACACUUUUAGAAUGGCUGUCAAUGGGGCAAGGCGACGAAAGAGAAAUGCAAUUAAUUGCACUCGAACAACUUUGUAUGCUUUUGUUGAUGAGUGAUAAUGUCGAUCGAUGCUUUGAAAGUUGUCCACCGCGUACUUUCCUUCCAGCACUGUGUAAAAUCUUUUUAGAUGACAUGGCACCGGAGAAUGUUUUGGAAGUGACAGCAAGAGCGAUAACUUAUUAUUUGGAUGUGUCUGCUGAAUGUACGCGUCGAAUCAUUGCAAUUGAUGGAGCAAUCAAAGCAAUCUGCAAUCGAUUGAUAAUUGUUGAUCUUUCAAAUCGAACAAGUCGCGAUUUAGCUGAACAAUGCAUUAAAGUUCUUGAAUUGAUUUGUUCUCGUGAAGCUGGAGCUGUUUUUGAAGGUGGAGGAUUGAAUUGCGUACUUUCAUACAUUCGUGAAAAUGGCUCGCAAAUUCACAAAGACACGCUUCACUCAGCCAUGAUUGUUGUGUCGAGAUUGUGCAGUAAAGUUGAGCCGCAAGGAGCAAAUAUUCAAGCUUGUGUCGAAAGUUUAAGUCGACUGCUUCAACAUGAAGAUGUUCUUGUCGCUGAUGGCGCAUUAAAAUGUUUUGCUUCAGUUGCUGAUCGUUACACAAGAAAAGGCGUCGAUCCAGCUCCAUUAGCUGAAUAUGGCUUAGUUGAUCAACUUAUAAGUCGAUUGAGUAAUGCGGCAGGUUCACAAAUUCCAAGCACAUCAGGAGGCAACACACAAACACAAAGCAAAUUAAGUGUUGGUACAUCAACAAAUGCACCAGCAAAACAAGCAACAGAAUCAAACAAAUCUGCUCAAUCAAUUGCAACAACGAUUUCACUUUUAUCGACACUUUGUCGUGGUUCACCAAGCAUCACUCACGAUUUGCUUCGUUCAAAAUUGCCCGACGCUAUGGAACGAGCUUUAAAAGCUGAAGAUGAACGAUGCAUUUUGGAUUGCAUGAGAUUAGCUGAUCUCAUUUUAUUGCUGCUUUUUGAGGGACGACAAGCUUUAGGACGAAUCGGCGGUUCCGGACUUGUUCCAAGAAUUCGACGUGCUGAUUCAAGUGCUGAAAGAAUACAUCGUCAACUCAUCGAUUGUAUUCGAAGUAAGGAUACGGAAGCUUUAAUUGAAGCAAUUGAAACUGGUGGAAUUGAUGUCAAUUGUAUGGAUGAUGUUGGACAAACAUUAUUAAAUUGGGCAUCUGCUUUUGGUACACUUGAGAUGGUUGAGUUUUUAUGCGAGAAAGGAGCUGAUGUUAAUAAAGGUCAACGAAGUUCAUCAUUACAUUAUGCUUCAUGCUUUGGACGUCCAGGAAUUGCAAAAGUUUUACUUAAACAUGGAGCGAAUCCUGAUUUACGUGAUGAAGAUGGGAAGACUCCUUUGGAUAAGGCAAGAGAAAGGCCUGAAGAAGGACAUCGUGAAGUUGCUGCUAUUCUUCAAUCACCUGGUGAAUGGAUGACUUCAAUAACAAGAGAUCCAACUGAUCCAAAUGAAAGUUCCGAGCCACGAGGUGAUCCCGUUAUGGCGCCCAUUUAUUUGAAGUUCUUCUUACCAGUCUUUUGUAAAACAUUUCAAAGCACAAUGUUGCCAAGUGUGAGAAGAUCAAGUUUAGGUUUGAUCAAAAAAAUGGUCCAAUAUGUUCAACCUGAUGUCUUGGCAAACUUGUGUGCUGAAACGAUGGAACCAAAUCUCGGAACUUUACUUGUUGAAGUCGUCGCAAGUGUUUUGGACAACGAGAUUAGCUACAGUUGGCCACCCAUCACCUCUUCUCCCCCUAAACUCAAUUCAAUGUUUGUUAAGAAGCUUGGUUGUAAUGGGCCCAAAGGUGCUAUUGUCCAAACUUUCAAACAACGCCAAUGGCGUUAUAUAAUACCACCAACAACUAACAAUAACAAUUGGUCUAUAAAUUCAUGCAGUUCGGAUGACGAAGAUGGUCAUCUUGUUGUUCUGACAAUCAUUGAGGAAUUGAUGAGUAAGCGACAAGAAGAGUUCUUGGAUCAUUUUGCACGUCUUGGUGUGUUCUCGAAAGUUCAAGCAUUGAUGGGAUCAGGAAGUGACACUGAAAGUGAUGUGAUUAAAUCUCAAGAUGAUGCAACAUGUAGUCGAGUUGUGAAAGAUACUCCAACAUCAUCAACCUCAACAUCAACGACUGAACCUCAAGAAGAUGCUAAAGAGAUUCUACCUGGAAAAGCUUAUCACUGGCAUGACUGGAGUAUUUGUCGGGGACGUGAUUGCCUUUACAUCUGGAGCGAUUCCGCUGCACUUGAACUUUCUAAUGGCAGCAAUGGCUGGUUUCGUUUCAUUCUCGAUGGAAAAUUGGCGACAAUGUAUUCAAGUGGAAGUCCAGAAAAUGGCAAUGAUAGUUCGGGUAAGACACGAACAUCAGAUGCAUUAUCAAGUGAAGAAAAUCGUGGAGAAUUCUUGGAGAAACUUCAACGAGCACGAGCUGCAGUAAGACAGGGAACAACAAGUCAGCCGAUUCUAUCAACGCCAGGAAGUUUAAGAAUUGUUGUUGGCAAUUGGGUGUUGAAUAGUCAAAAGGAACAACAUCUUCAUAUAAACAAUUCUGAAGGACAUCAAGUGACGAUUCUUCAGGACGAACUUCCUGGUUUCAUCUUUGAAAGCAAUCGCGGCACUAAACACACAUUUACAGCUGAAACAAAUCUUGGACCUGACUUUGCUUCGGGAUGGACAAACAUCCGAAAGAAAAAGCUUCGAUCGAAAGUUGAAGCACAAAAGUUUCAAGUUAAGAACAUCGCUCGUGAUCUUUACAAUCGUUACUUUAAAGCGGCACAAGCAAUCCCACGUGGUGUUGUUGCUAAAUUAUCAAAUAUUGUGAGAAAGAUUGAAGAAGCUUUGGAAGAGCAAAUUGAUGUAAUAACAACGACAAACAGUCGAACAUUAUGGCAAGAGAAGUUACGUUCAGCAUUGACUGAUCUUACACAAUUGCUCAACAAUGAUGGCGUCAUCAGUGCUUAUGAAAUGUACAGCUCCGGUCUUGUUCAAGCACUUGUCGCUGUUUUAUCAAAGAAUUAUUGGGAAUUGGGUAUAAAUCGUAAUCGAGCGAGUAAAUAUCAAAAACAGCGCAUUGCCAUCUUUAAGGAAUGCAUUUUUAUGAGUGGCGAUGGUAAAGAGAAAAGCACGGCAAGUAUUCUCGUUCAGAAACUUGUUUCAGUAUUGGAGAGUAUCGAGAAACUUCCAGUUUAUCUUUACGAUUCUCCAAUUGGUGGUUAUGGAAUUCAAAUCUUAACAAAACGUCUUCGAUUCCGUUUAGAACGUGCACCUUGUGAAGCGACACUGUUUGAUCGCAGUGGACGAACAUUAAAGAUGGAACCACUCACAACGAUUGGACAACUCAAUAAAUUCCUUUUGAAAAUGGUCGCUAAACAAUGGUACGACAUGGAUCGAUCAAGCUUUUACUUCUUGAAGAAACUCAAAGAAAACAAACAACCGACGAUGUUUAAGCAUCAACAAGACUUUGAUGAGAAUGGAAUAAUUUACUUCAUUGGAAGUAACGGAAAGACCACUGAUUGGGUGAAUCCUGGACAAUAUGGUCUCGUCACUGUCACAAGUUCGGAAGGCCGUCAAUUACCAUAUGGAAAGUUGGAAGACAUUUUAUCACGUGACAGUAUCAGUGUUAAUUGUCAUACGAAAGAUAACAAGAAAGCCUGGUUUGCAAUUGAUUUGGGGAUGAAUAUCACGCCGAAUGCUUACACAUUGCGACAUGCACGAGGCUAUGGGCGAUCAGCUUUAAGAAAUUGGCUUUUUCAGAUGUCUAAAGAUGGCGUCAAUUGGACGACACUUGUUACACAUAGUGACGAUAAAAAUCUGUCAGAACCGGGAAGUACUCACACAUGGUCGAUUGAUUGUAAUGACGAUGAAAGCUUUCGUCAUGUGAGAAUCCAACAGAAUGGACGAAAUGCUUCGGGACAAACACAUUAUUUGAGCAUAUCUGGAUUUGAAAUUUAUGGUAAAGUUGUGGCAGUUUGUGAUGAUAUGCAGCGAACAGUUGCGAAAGAAAAUGAAGCAAAAUUACGUCGAGAACGUCGCUUGAUUCGUUCACAACUUAAGAUGAUUGCACAAGGUGCGAGAGUUGUUCGUGGACCUGAUUGGCGUUGGGAUGAUCAAGAUGGAAAUCCACCUUGUGAAGGCGUCGUUACUGGCGACAUUCACAAUGGAUGGAUUGAUGUGAAAUGGGAUCAUGGCUUGAGAAAUUCAUAUCGAAUGGGAACGGAAGGAAAAUAUGAUUUGAAACUUGCAAACAGCGACAAUUUACCAAACUUUGAUCUUUCAUCAGCAACUUCAUCAUCUUCAACAAAGAAAUCAACAACUGGAAGUAGUUUAAACAAUCGAAAGUCAAGCUCAACUCCAAGCUUACCAGAAGCAACUGACAGUUGUGGCGCAUCAAUCAAAACAUCUGUCGCAUCAACUGAUCAAGCAGCGUCAGUUGAUAAUCUUAGAUGGAACCAAGUGGAAAAUAUAUCAGAAAUUGUAACAUCGUCAGAUUCACAAACAUCAGCUGAUGUUGUGUCACAUGUUUCACAUUCUCUUCAUCUUCCUGACUUAUCAACCAUCAACUCAUCAAGCUUCUCACUUUCUGAUCUCGCAACAAUUACCGAGAAUCUUACAUUGAGUACUGAAGUCGAGAAAGAAGGCACACAGCAACAACCGUCGCUACCAUUGCAACAAUCACAUGAGAUUGGUGAAGCAUCAACAAGUGAAUGCGAAGAUAAAGCUUCAAAUAUUAAUGAAGCUAAUAAUAAAUUGAAUUUAAGUCAAUCAUCGAAUAGCAGCAUCAGCAAAACACUUCUUAACACAAAACUUGAAAUGUUGGAUAAAAUUGACAUGUUGAGGAACAACACGAAUAGCCUUUUAUCAUCAGGCAUUCUUUCUCAAUCAAAUCUUUUAUCUUCAGUUAAACUUUCAUUACCGAAGAAUCAACAGCAGCAACAGAGUGAUGAUCAAAAUUCUGUUCCAGUUGUAACAGAAGCAUCAUCGACAGGAAGUUGUGUUGCAGCAGCAGCAGCAGCAGCAGCAGGAAGUUUAUUAAGUACAGCUCAAAAUAAUUCCAGCAAUACAACUUUGAUGACAUCUUCAAAUAAUCCACCGACAUCUGGUGGCGGCGUUAAUCCAUCAUUAACAAUGAGCUUAACAUCAACAUCAAGUGACAGUGAACAAGUUUCACUUGAAGACUUCCUCGAAUCAUGUCGUCCACCAACACUUUUAGGUGAAUCUGAUGAUUUCGAUGAUUUAGAAGAUGAAACAGUUGACGAUGAAAAUGAAGAUGAAUACGAAGAAGUUGGAAAUACUUUGUUACAAGUUAUGGUGUCACGCAAUCUUCUCUCGUUUAUGGAUGAAGAAACAUUAGAGAAUCGUUUAGUUGCUGGCAAACGUAAGUCAUGGGAUGAUGAAUAUGUUUUGAAGCGAACAUUUUCAGCUUUAAUUCCUGCUUUUGAUCCUCGUCCCGGACGUACAAAUGUUAAUCAAACAAGUGAUAUUGAAGUACCAGCACCGGGAAGUGGUGGCACGUCAUGGCAAAAGCAACAAGCAGCAGCACAGCAAUCUGCUGUUGUUCAACCUUCAUUGCAUCUUGUGUUACGUGGACCAAACAUAACAGGCGUCAAUGACGUUGAAAUACCUCUAACAAAUCGUGAUUGGACAAUUUUCCGUGCUGUUCAAGAACUCAUUCAAAUGACGAAUAUGAUGAAGCAAGAUAAGAUGAAGAAGAUUUGGGAGCCGACUUAUACAUUAAUUUAUCGUGAAGCAACGAAUAAAGAUGAAAUAAGUGGUGGUGUUGAUGAUGGACGUAACACUCCCGUCAUUUCGGUUGCAACAAGAAGUGCUGGCUCAACAUUAUCACCAAGUUCACCACUUCCAACGCCCAUCACAACACCGACAACGACGACAACCACAACUACGACAAAUAAUAACAACAUGCAAUGUUCAGUUGAUGACGUUCUUCAACUUCUCGCUCAAAUUAAUUCAAUUGACAGUUCAGUUGUGAUGAAAACAAAGAGAAUUGAAGAUCAACAACGAACAGUUUCAACACAGCAAGAACUUUACAUGAGCAAGAAGAUAACAAAUAAAUUGCUUCAACAAAUUCAAGAUCCAUUGGUGUUGUCGAGCAACAGUUUACCGUCAUGGUGUGAAGAUUACAAUCAAAGCUGUCCAUUCUUAUUUCCAUUUGAAACACGUCAAGUUUAUUUCAAUUGUACUGCUUUUGGUGCAUCACGCAGCAUUGUUUGGCUUCAAUCACAAAAAGAUGUGACAUUGGAACGACAGAGAACGCCUGGUUUAAGUCCAAGACAUGCCGAUCAACAUGAGUUUCGUGUUGGUCGUUUGAAGCAUGAACGCGUGAAAGUUCCGCGAUCAAAUGAACUUUUAUCAUGGGCUAUGGAAGUGAUGAAGAUUCAUUGCAAUCGCAAGUCAGUAUUAGAGAUUGAAUUUCAGAAUGAAGAAGGAACAGGUUUGGGUCCAACAUUGGAAUUUUAUGCUUUAGUUGCAAAUGAGUUGCAACGUUCUGAUCUUAAAAUGUGGUUGUGUGAAGAUCACGAUGUCAUUGCUGAAGAAAUCGAUGACAUAUCAGGAGCGGAAUUGUUGAAGCCAAUUGGAUAUUAUGUUCGCCGUUCAUCUGGAUUAUUUCCAGCUCCUCUACCUCAGGAUUCUGACGUUUGUGAUAAAGUUGCUGAAUAUUUCUGGUUCUUGGGAGUUUUUCUCGCGAAAGUUCUCCAAGAUGGUCGCCUGGUUGAUUUACCUCUCAGUAACAGUUUUCUUCAACUUUUAUGUCACAACAAGUCACUUUCUAAAGCUCGUGUGCCCAUCAUCACAUUAAAGCCAAUCGAAGAUCCAAUGACGUCAAGUAUCAUGUCAGAGGAAAGUGAUAUGGCAGUGGAUGCUUAUUUAAGACUUUUGAAUGAAUAUCAGAAUGAGAAAGCUUGGUAUGAAGGUGUCAUGAAUCAAGAUAAUCUUCACGAAAUCGAUCCAAUUCGCGCUCAAUUUAUUCAGGAACUUAUGGAGCUUGUUCAACAAAAACAAACAAUCGAACAGAAUGACAAUUUAUCAGCAGCAGAAAAGUUGGAGAGAAUUUCUCAACUUCGAUUGAAUGUUAAAUCUGGCGGUGGUCAAGUUGCACUUGAAGAUCUUGCUUUAACAUUCACAUAUUUGCCAAGCUCCAAAGUUUAUGGAUACGAAGCUGCUGAAUUAACAGCAAAUGGUUCUAACAUUGAUGUCGAUAUUAAUAAUGUUGAAGAAUACUGUGAUCUGACCAUAAAGUUCUGUCUUCAAGAUGGUCUCGCAAAACAACUUAACGCUUUCCAUAAAGGUUUCUGUGAAGUGUUUUCAUUGAGUAAAUUGGCAGCUUUCUCACCUGAAGAGGCACGAAAAAUGAUUUGUGGUGAACAGCAGCCUGAAUGGACACGAGAAGAAUUAUUGAAUUAUACUGAACCGAAGUUAGGAUACAGUAAAGACAGUCCUGGUUUUAUACGGUUCAUCAACGUUCUCAUGAAUAUGAACGGUGAAGAGAAGAAAGCAUUUCUACAGUUUACAACUGGUUGUAGUUCAUUGCCACCUGGUGGCCUUGCUAAUCUUCAUCCACGUUUAACAGUCGUUAGGAAAGUAGAUGCUGGCGCUGGAAGUUAUCCGUCGGUCAACACAUGCGUGCACUAUUUGAAAUUACCCGAUUAUCCAACUGAAGAAAUCUUAAGAGAACGUUUAUUGAGUGCAACCAAAGAGCGCGGUUUCCACUUGAAUUAAACUUUUAACUAAAUUAAUUUUUCUCGUUCGCACUGUUUGCAUUAAAAAAAUAUUAUCAAUAAAUUUGUUGUUCCCAUGAUGAUGUAGUUUAAAAGCGAAAUUAAUCUUAACUAAUAUUUAAUGGUUUAAAAACUGAGAAAAAAAGAAAUCUUUGAAUUUCAAUUUAUUCAAAUAUGGUUCAUGAUUUUUGUUAGCAACAGUUAGUGAAAAGAAGAAAUCAAGGAGAAUAAUAAAAGAAUUACUAGUUUGAAAUUUAAA